UUCAGCCGGCGAGGCCGCGCACUGGCCCAAGCCGCGCGCCCUGGGCGGGAGGAGCCCGAGCCCAUGUUCCUCACCCCUCCUCCCUUCGGGUCCUCAUCCUUAAAGCUGGAGUCUGCUCGCCCCGCCUGUUGGAGAGGGCACAGGGCAGCGGAGGGCCGCGGCUAGCCGGCACUGAGAGCAGGCGCCUGAGGCGACAGAGCGGCGGCAACUGGCGGGGAGUCCUGGCCCUGUGAGGGGACCGUGAAGGGAAGGUCUGGGGCACGGUUGCUCUUGGUGGCGUCGCGGCCGAGUCCAAACUGCCCAGGUCGCUGCUGCUUUCAGUCUAGGAGGCGUACGGUCGCUUGGGGCUGCCGCCAUCCCGAGGGCGGGACUCCUGGGAAUUGGGUAUCUGGACCGCCGCGGUCUCUUCCAACCGCCGCCCGCACCUGGUAGUGACAUCGUCCAGCCCGUGACCAUGUUCGACAAGACGCGGCUGCCGUACGUGGUCCUCGAUGUGAUUUGCGUGUUGCUGGCUUCCAUGCCUAUGGCUGUUGUAAAUUUGGGCCAAAUAUAUCCAUUUCAGAGAGGCUUUUUCUGUUCUGACAACAGCGUGAAGUACCCGUACCAUGACAGUACCGUCACAACCAGUGUACUCGUCGUAGUGGGGCUUGGCAUACCCAUUUUAUCUAUGAUUACUGGAGAAACUCUGUCAGUUUACUUUAAUGUCUUGCAUUCAAAUUCCUUUGUCAGCAAUCACUAUAUAGCCACCGUUUACAAAGCCGUCGGAGCCUUUUUGUUUGGAGCCUCAGCCAGUCAGUCCCUGACUGACAUUGCCAAGUACUCUAUAGGCAGACUGCGGCCUCACUUCCUGGCUGUCUGUAACCCAGACUGGUCAAAAAUCAACUGCAGCGAUGGCUACAUUGAGAACUUCGUAUGUCAAGGGAAUGAACAGAAGGUCAGGGAAGGCAGGUUGUCCUUCUACUCGGGGCACUCCUCAUUCUCUAUGUACUGCAUGCUGUUUGUCGCACUUUAUCUUCAAGCCAGGAUGAAGGGAGAUUGGGCAAGACUCUUACGACCCAUGCUACAGUUUGGGCUUGUUGCUUUAUCCAUAUACGUGGGCCUGUCUCGAGUUUCUGAUUACAAACACCACUGGAGCGACGUGUUAAUUGGCCUCAUUCAAGGAGCUGUUGUGGCAAUAUUAGUGGUUUUGUAUGUAACUGAUUUCUUCAAGACCAAAGAGUCAAACAAAGAAAGAAAAGAGGACUCACACACGACUCUACACGAAACCACCAACAGACAGAGCUACGCAAGGAAUCAUGAGCCCUGAAGGGUGCAGGGGAACAGGCCAGCUUCGAAGGGAACUGCUGGAGGCAGAGGGCAGGAAGAUGCACAUCACUCCCUGGUGUAUACAUUAAAGGGCUGCUGCUAUACCUCUUGGAUGCCCACUUUAUCUAUGUAUAUAGUUACUUUAACACAAUGAGUUUUUUGAGUUUUUAAUUGAACUAAUAGUUCAAUUAAAAAAAAUUUAAGCCUUUCACUAAAACACUGCCCCACCUGUACAUUUUUUUAUUGAAAGAUGCUAUGUACAAAUGUGUAUGUUACAUGCCUUCUCAGAAUGAUAUUUGAUUUAAAAAUAAUAAAAUGCUUGCGAACAA